AUGAUCUCGUCCAGGGAUUAUUCUAUCAAUUGGCCAAAUUUGAAUGCCAUCAUUGAUAAGGAGGUGGUCCUGUGCUUUACUACAUAUUUGUCCUCUCCCAGCGUAACGAGCCCUCGAAUCAAGGCGAUGGCAACUGGAAAUAUUCCUGAAUUCAUUGACAUUUUGUAUAAUCUGGAGGACUCUCGUACAAUCCAGCCCUCAUGGGUUCAAAUCAUGGCAACAAAUAAUCGACGCCUAGAAUUGUAUGGUGAUGAUACGUGGCUGCGACUAUUUCCUGGCGCAUUUAAGCUUUCGGAUGGAACUACAUCGUUCUACGUCACAGACUUUUAUGAGGUGGACGAUAAUGUCACACGGCACCUCGACGGUCGCCUUGCGGCCCUCCACGAUUGGGAUUUACUGAUUCUGCAUUAUCUUGGACUUGAUCACAUUGGUCAUGUCCAAGGUCCACACGGUGACGCCGUUCCAGCUAAAUUACGGGAAAUGGACAUAGUUGUUGGAAAAAUAAUUUCCGCUCUGAAUUCAAGCAAGGAAGAUUGGCUGCUUGUUUUAACUGGUGACCAUGGAAUGAGCGACCACGGUAGUCACGGAGGUAGCUCCUUUCCGGAGCUGACCACCAGCAUGAUCCUCAUUAGCUCCAAUUUCAAGCAUCAACGGACUUCGAUGUGCACGAUCGAUGGCGACGUGUUUGAGGCUAAGUCUGACCAGACGGACAUAGCCACGAUGCUGGGACUCUUGACCGGUGUGGGUAUUCCAGGGGGCAGUAUAGGGGUGCCACCUCUUCGGAUCCUGCAGACAUUUUGGUCGCAACCCUUCCACCGCUAUACUGUCCUUCUUGAAUUGCUUGAACACCUACGCAGGCUCACCAAGUGUACCGAUGCUGUAUGCGCCCACGAAUUUUUGACUGAGCAUGAUGUUGUGAAACUUAGGCAGUUGUACGCGGAAAUCUCGUCUUUCGUCCGGUUAUGCUCAGCUAAUGUGUCGCCACAUCCAGUAUGCGGUCGGAUGGCAUCUGAAAUGGAGGUGGUAACAGCACAAGUCGUUAAUCUGCUCAUUUCUUUCCAACGAAGGACACUUCUCCACGCAAGCAAUAAGGUCGAUGUCGGUUCCGUGUGCUUUUCCUGUCUCGUGAUGGCGGCCAUCUCACUAUCGUUUUUGGUACCAGGUCUUCGAGAGAUUUUGGCUUGGAAGGAACAUUCUACCCCAAAGCCGAGCCAUCGACAACGGAUUCUGGCCUACACUUUAUUGGCAGUCAUUUCUCUCCUUGCUCUUCUGCUUCACUUGCUCUCUCUCACGUCGAGCAGUUUAAUAGAAGAGGAGCACCAGACAUGGUACUUUCUUACAACUACCAACUGCUUCGCCCUCCUCCUCGUGUUGGUCCUCUCCAUCCACGAAGGCGGCAGCAGCUGUGGUCGCAUUGUCUGCAUCACAUUUGUCCUUUGCCUUGAUCGCUUUUUAUUGAAAUUGCUCAAUCAGACCGGAGAUAAGUGGUUUCACCUGGCGGAUCUUACUGACUGGUUGGGGCAAUUCUCCAGGCUUCAUUUGCGUACUGUACUGACUCUCGUCGCGGUUGCUCUUACCCAACUUGUCUAUCGCAUUGUCGUCUUCACUGCAGAACCGAAUCGAAUGCACUUCUCGUCCUCAUGGACUUCCUCGCUGCUACCAGCUCGCCUUGCCUUCGUAGCAUUAGCUGCCGAUUUCGUCGCCUGUCUCUGGUUUGUCGCCCGUCUUGCCGUCUGGUCGAGUGAAUUCAGGGCAUCGCCGCCUCUCUUUAGCCCUGCGUUAUGCGAGGAAUGGGAAUUGCCAAGUCCUGUCCAUACCCUUGCCUUACUUGCGUGUCUCUUGGGUCGCACCGCUAGUGUUCUCCUCUGGGCUGGCGUUAUGAUCAAGGAGCUUAUGUUAACGCGAAUUAUUCAUGCCGAAUUUGCUGCUCUUGAUAGUUCUUCUCCUCAAGCACGUUCCAAACUGACGUACUUCACCGUUAUGCUCUAUUGGAUGGAAGGCUGGGUCACUUUCUUUCAACAAGGUAAUUCAAACAAGUUUUCUACUGUCGAUAUGGCAGCUGGUUACGUGGGCCUCUCAGGUCACUCAAACAUCUUGUCGACCAUGAUGGUUUUGCUUUACACAUACGCGGGGCCGCUGUUCUGGCAGCUCUCCCUCUACUUUAGAUAUGUGUUCAAAUAUGGUAUCAGUGAGCGAGUGAUAGGAAGAGAGACACUGCUACCACACGUGAAGACCAGUGUUGUCGUGUUCGCUCUGGGUCUUCUUAUGACGGUCACCACUAUGUCUGCUAUCAUUUGCCUCUUCUUUCAUUCACAUUUAUUCAUCUGGUCGGUGUUCGCUCCAAAGCUGUUCUUCAUGACUGCCUUCUGCUGUGUUUCCAUUCCCAUCUACGUGGUUAUGCUUGCUUUUUAA